AUGGAUUAAUCUACAGUAGCAUUAAAGGUUGAUAAAAUGGAUAUAUUGUUAGGCUGAGGUAAAAGAGUAUCAAAUCAGCAAGAUAGAUUCUAGUGUCAUUCUAUUCAUAUUAUUGGUAUCUAAGAGAGAUGGAUAGCAAUGGACAUUAGAAAAGAGGUACUCUGAAUUUGAUGAUCUGAAUAAUAACUUAAAGAAGGUAAGAUUAUUAAUUGAUUCUUAUAGGUGUUUACAAAUUUACCUCCUUUGCCAGGAAAAACAUUAUUUAAGUUAAAAGAACAUGUAGAUAUUGAAAAGAGAAGAGUGGGACUGGAUUAUUACAUUAAGGUAAAAAGAUAUUACUACGUAUAGGAAUUAUUGAAAAGACCAGAUGUAUUUAAUUCUGAGUCAAUGAAACAAUUUUUAUAGUUGGAGAAGCAUGCUUAAGAAUAAGUGGUCAAUCCACCAAAGAUGUUAGGAGAAAUUACAGGAUUCAUUCAUGGAUUAAGAGAUUUCUAUAUAGAGAGAUCAUAGAGUAAAAUUAUCUAUUUUAUAUUUACUCUUUAGAUGUCAUUUUUGUGUUAUCCUCAGAUAUGAAUGUAGCAAGUAGAUUUGAUGCUUAUUUAACCAAUAUGAAGAUGCCUUGGGAAAAAGAAGCACCUCCAACAUUAUUGGCUGUUGGAUGUUUAGAAUGUUGGGUUAAAACAAAUGAUGAAAAUGAAUUUAAGUAUGAAAGAAUGUGGAAUAAAACCUAUCCAUCAUAAGCAAUUUGUUUGUAUUGGGAUGCAGUGACGUCAACUUUAGUCAUUGGAUUGGAUGAAGGAAAAUUGAAUUUAUUAAAAGUACCUUAAGAAAACCAAUUCAUAAGAUAUGAUGAAGUACUCUUCUAAUUUAUUCAUAUUAGUAAGCAGACAUCAAAGCACAUUAGGGUAGAGUAAUGGGUGUUUUCUAUGAUUCCAUAAAUUCACAUAUUCAUUCUGUAUCUGAAGACAAGAAAUAUAAAGUCCUUGACUUUUAAAGACAAAUCACAGUUGCUGAAAUCUAGCCAAGCUAACAUGGUUUGACAGGUUUAGCUGCAGAUAAAGAUAAUAGAAGAAUUUUUGUUUCAGAUAGAGGAGGGUACGUUCAUGUAUUUGAAAUUACAUCAGCAACAAUGGGUCCAUCUUUGGCUGUCUCAGUUGCAUCCUAAACACUUUCACCAAUAAGAGGAAUCUUUUUUGAUCCCGUCAAGAAUUAUUUAUUCACUGCAGGUUUUGAUUAAGGUGAAAUUGGUAUAUUUGAAGUUGGUAAAUCUGGAAGAGAAAAAUUUACUAAACAAACAGCAAGUUUAAAAGGGAAAUUACAAAUGAGAGAAAUUGUUUGGUCACCUUCCAGAGGAGAAUGUCUGGUAGGUAAUAAAGAUGGUACAGUUACUGUUUGGAGUGGUAAAAAGGCUGCACCUAUAUGUAAUAUCUAUUCAUUACUAUCUUUUAGUUGUAAUUAAAGCUCACAAUACUGAUAUAACCAAACUCUAAUGGUAUGAAGAUAGACAUAUGUUAGUAACAAGUGGAAAAGAAAAAUCAUUAAAAGUAUUUCUUUUUAAUUAUCUUUUAGUUUUGGUAACUACCUAAAGAAUGGAGAGAUAAAAAGAUUGAAUAACAAGAAGAGUAAGAAUAUGAGCAAAUGAAGAAAUAAGAAAAUAUCAAAAUAAGCAUUGAAUCUACUAAAAAGGUAUUUCUAAUCUUUUUUUCUUUUUUAGAAAGAGUUUGAUUCUGAUGAAGAUGAUCUAAAAGGAUGGCAUAAAAUGUGAAAUGAAUAUCAAAAC